GUUCCUCCGAAGAUCGAUGACGAUCGGCAACUCCAGGAACAGAAACACAACUAUCAACGAGGACCAUUGCUUCGCAUUUUGGAAUUUUUUGAAUUCGAGUCAAAGCAGCCUCCAAAAACUUCGGUAGCCUUCCAAUCAUUUCGGUAUCGACGACUUUAUCUGCCCAAAAUGGCGCGACAAAAGGUCGAAAUCAGCGAGUAUGAGCGAAAGCGACAAGAAAACAUCGCGAAGACGCAAGCCCUUCUCCGCAAUCUUGAAAUGGAAGCUGCUCAAGCUGGCCUGGCUCCCACCGCAAAAACCGCAACGUCUGCGAAACCGAAAUCGAAGAAAACUGCGCCGAAGAAGAUUAAACAAGAGGAAGUCGUGCCACGGCGGACAUCGUCUAGAUUAAGGGGCAUUGAGGCAGACAGUGAUAAGGCGAAGCGCAAGGCAGAGGAAGAGCACGAAUUGCAAAGACAAGCGGAUAAGGCCAAACGCCAGCGCAUAAGCGAUGCAUUCAACUUCAGUGACAUUGUGGUAGCAGGGAAUGCUUGGGAUCAAAGUGGAAACUUUCUCUCCAUUGUAGGCCCUGCGAAGCCGUACGAGCGUACAUUCGAUGUGGAAGACGUUGGGAAAACCACGGACAAAGACCUCAAGAGCUUAAGGGAGAAAAUGACGGGAUUGAAGCUCUGGGAGGAUUUUUCACCAAGUGACAUCAAGAUCACCCCUGAAAGAAUUUAUUCCAUGGGGUUUCACCCGACCGCUGACAAACCUCUGGUCUUUGCUGGCGAUAAACUUGGAAAUCUAGGCAUAUGUGACUGCUCCCAGAAAGCCACACCGGUAGCAGAAGACGAUGACGAAGAUGCAGAUGUUGAAGGACCCAGUAUCACCACUCUUAAACCACACACCCGGACAAUUCACACAUUUCAAUUUAGUCCUCAUGAUGCAAACGCGCUCUACUCGGCAUCAUACGACUCGACUGUCCGCAAGUUGGACCUUGCUAAGGGUGUUGCAGUAGAAGUAUAUGCGCCAGCUGACAAAGAUGAAGAUGCACCGCUAUCUGGGGUUGAAAUAUCAGAAACCGACGCAAACAUGCUCUACUUCUCUACCCUAGAUGGGAAAUUUGGAAUGUACGAUAUGAGGACUCCCGCCCAAGAAGCGGCAGGACUCGAGAUCUUCCAGCUAUCCGAGAAGAAGAUCGGAGGGUUCAGCUUACAUCCUUUGCAACCUCACCUUGUCGCGACCGCUUCACUUGACCGCACACUCAAGAUAUGGGACUUGCGAAAGAUAAAUGGGAAAGGCGAUUGGCGUCUACCAGCUCUGGUCGGUGAACACGAGAGUCGAUUGUCUGUAUCACAUGCCGCCUGGAAUUCUGUUGGGCAAGUUGCCACAGCAUCUUACGACGAUACCAUCAAGAUCUAUGACUUUACCAAAAGUGGGGAUUGGAAAGUUGGCACUUCCUUGACGGACGAGGAGAUGCGGCCUUCUGCUGUAAUUCCACAUAACAACCAAACUGGAAGAUGGGUCACUAUAUUACGAGCUCAGUGGCAGCUCAAUCCUUUGGAUGGCGUCCAACGAUUUUGCAUAGGAAACAUGAACCGAUUUGUCGACAUAUAUACGGCCAAAGGACAGCAACUUGCACAGCUUGGAGGAGAGGGCAUAACAGCUGUUCCGUCGGUCGCGAAGUUCCAUCCUACGCAGGACUGGGUUGCAGCUGGAACGGCUAGUGGGAAGCUUUGUCUGUGGAUGUAAAUGAUACUUUGAUCGC